AUGAUGACACGGAGAAUAGUCCGCACCCUCACGCAGCUCGGCGCCGCGCUGGCAUUCACCUUGAUCGUCAUCUUUUUCCUUGACAGAAACUACCGGGUCCUCCCCAAUGCCAUCCACGGGUAUAUGCCCACCCACCACGCGGGCCUCGUUGUUACCGACGUAACAAUCGUGCAAUGCUCGAGCCUAAACCUCUUUUCAUCAUGCGACCUCGACCCGACAAUAUGGCAUCGCAUUGACAAGGAACUCUACCUCGGACGGGCGUGGACGUCAACCGCCUACCUCUACAUCAGCCGCAAGCACGAAGAGGACCUGACAUCUGACGACAAGGUAGUCAUGGACAUAUCCGUCGGGCGCUUGAACCCAGCACAAGCGCAAGACGCCAAGUCCCCGAAAGGCAACCAAGAAGACUGGGAAUCCCGGCCGGGCGGCCUAUGGAUCAAGCGGUCCGGCAGCAAAAAGUCCAGCGACUCCGACGACGUCAUCACCGACGUCGACGUCCUCUUCGGCGACGAUGCUGUCGAAGCGCGUGAUGGCUGGGCAAUAACAGGAACCCAAUUGCUGCUCGACACCGGCGGCCCGCUCCUGAGCAUCCACCUCACCGUCCGCCGCGGCGCGCCCAAGGAGCGCAAGAAGCCCGAGCCCAGAAUCGGACACAAUGGCAAAUUCAAAAUCAUGCAAAUCGGCGACCUUCAUCUCAGCAACGGCGUGGGCGAAUGCCGCGAACCAGUGCCCGACGGCUACGCAGGUGGAAAAUGCGAAGCAGAUCCACGAACCCUCGACUUUGUCAACAAGAUGCUCGACGAAGAAAAGCCCGACUUUGUAGUUCUCAGCGGCGACCAAGUCAAUGGCGACACGGCACCCGACGCACCAACCGCCAUGUUCAAGAUUGUAUCCCUCCUAGUCAAGCGCAAGAUACCCUACGCCGGCAUAUUCGGCAACCACGACGACGAAAAGACUAUGUCGCGCGCGCGCCAGAUGGCCCUCAUGGAAUCGCUGCCCUUGUCCCUCUCCCGCGCCGGGCCAGCCGACAUUGACGGCAUAGGAAACUACUACGUCGAGGUCCUGGCGCGCAGCGGCCAACACUCGGCCGUAACAAUGUACCUCAUGGACACGCACGCAUACUCGCCAGACGAGCGCAAAUACCCCGGCUACGACUGGCUCAAGCCCAACCAGAUCGAGUGGUUCCGCAAAACCGCCGCCAGCCUUAAGAAGGCUCACUCGGACUACAGCCACACCCACAUGGACAUUGCCUUUAUCCACAUCCCGCUCACGGAAUACGCGAGCCCCGAGCUCCCCCGCGUGGGAGAGUGGAAAGAAGGCGUCACAGCACCAGUGUACAACUCGGGAUUCCGCGACGCCCUCGUCGAGCAGGGCGUCCUCAUGGUCAGCGCAGGACACGACCACUGCAACGACUACUGCCUCCUCUCCCUCCAAAACGUCACCAGGCACGACGCAAAACCCCACCCGGACCAGCAGCCGCCGCCGCAGAUGCAGAAACCCGCCCUGUGGAUGUGCUACGCCGGCGGCGUCGGGUUCGGCGGCUACGCCGGCUACGGCGGGUACGUGCGGCGCCUGCGCGUCUUCGAGAUCGACACCAACGUGGCGAGCAUCACCACCUGGAAGCGCCACGUGCCGCCCCCGCCCCCGCCCCCCGCUCCUUCCGACCAGCCGCCUGCGCCGCCGCCCCCGCCGCCCGUGCAGGACAUCCAUGAGUAA